AUGGCUUCCUUGAAAAACCUUGGAGCUCUAACCCUCCUUCUCCUCCUGCUUUCCUUGACAGUGCAAACUUGGGGCAAGGAAGAUGCCGACGGAGCGGGAUCGGAAUGCCGAGUGGCCACAGAAGUAUCAGAAGAAAAGGCAUCAGCCUUAAAGCUGAAGGUGAUAGCGAUAUUCACGAUACUGAUUGCUAGCAUCUUGGGCAUCUCCUCCCCCAUACUUCUACGAGGCAUGCCACUAUUUAAACCAGAUGGAAAAGUGUUCGUCCUGGUGAAAGCAUUUGCAUCGGGUGUUAUCCUGGCCACCGGCUACGUCCACGUGCUGCCGGAUUCAUUUGAGUGCUUGACUUCUCCAUGCCUGCCGGACUAUCCAUGGAGCAAAUUCCCAUUCACAACGUUCAUAGCCAUGGUCGCAGCCGUUUUAACACUGAUGGUGGACUCUUUUGCGAUGAGUUAUUAUAGGAAACAUGGUAUGAAUGAAGUGGAAUGCGAGCAUGGGAAUCAAAUAGAGCAUAGACAUGGACAUGGGCAUUCACAUGGAGUUGGUGUGAAGAAGCUUGAUGAAGAGGCCUCAAAAUUGUUGAGAUACCAAAUUAUUGCUCAGGUACUGGAACUAGGGAUUGUGGUGCACUCAGUGGUGAUUGGGCUUUCAAUGGGGGCCUCUCAAAAUGCACGUACAAUCAGGCCCCUCAUUGCUGCUAUUUGUUUCCAUCAAUUGUUUGAAGGAGUGGGUCUUGGUGGAUGCUUAUUACAGGCUGAAUACAAGGCCAAGAUGAAGGCCAUCAUGGUGUUUUUCUUCUCGGUCACCACCCCCUUUGGGAUCGCGCUGGGAAUCGGCCUAUCACAUGUGUACAGUGACAACAGCCCUGCGUCUCUGAUUGUGGUUGGUGUACUGAAUGCUACAUCAGGUGGACUACUGAAUUACAUGGCGUUGGUGGACCUGCUGGCCGCUGAUUUCAUGGGCGCCAAAUUGCAAUCAAACAUGAAGCUUCAAAUGUGGGCAUUCAUCGCUGUGUUAUUGGGUGUGAGUGGGAUGUCCUUGAUGGCAAAAUGGGCCUAA